CGAGAGGCCGACGGACUUGUCGGCUGGGCGCCGGGCACUGGGCACUGGGCUCCUGGCCGUGCGCUGCAUCGUGCCCUUCCUCGCGUCUCGCUGCUCACCAUGCCCAAGCGGCUCUCCCGGGCCCGGCCGGGGCUGCCCGCUGCCGGCGCCUCCUCCUCCUCCUUCCGGCUGUUGCUGCUGCUGUUGGCGGCCGUGCCCGGGGCGCUCGGCGUCGGCCUCUACACUCCCGACGACUCGCUGGUGGUGUUCUCGGCGGACACCCUGGAGCGCACCGUCUUCAACUCCAGCAGCGCCUGGGUGGUCGAGUUUUACGCGUCCUGGUGCGGCCACUGCAUCCACUUCGCCCCCACCUGGAAAGCGCUGGCCAACGACAUCAAAGAUUGGAGACCUGCUGUGACUCUGGGGGUCCUAGACUGUGCUGAUGCGAAAAACCAGAAAAUCUGCUCGGAUUUCGGAAUCACCGGCUACCCAACACUGAAGUUUUUCAAGGCAUUCUCCAAGAAGCCCGGGGAUGGCGUCAGACUUCACCAUAAAGGAGACGACAUUCGGAGCCUGAGGGAGUCCAUCAUCGCCUCAGUAGAGAGCGACAGAGACCUGUGGCCUCCCGCCUGCCCACCACUGGAGCCAAUUAGUGCGGCGGAACUUCACGACUUCUUCCACACAAACAACGUGACUUAUUUGGCCCUGAUAUUUGAAAAGGAAGACUCCUUUUUGGGCAGAGAGGUAACACUGGACAUGCUCCAGUUUGAGAACAUUGCAGUGAGACGCGUCGCAAAGAGCAACGAAGAGCUCGUGAGGCGCUACAGCGUUGCCGCCUUCCCUUCUGGCGUCCUCCUUGUCAAGAAUGGCUCAUGCAGCAGCAUCCCUGCGCAUGUGGACUCGAGACCACUUUACACAGACUUCCUGAAGAAACUGCCUGGGGUUGUUAGAGGAGACUCCUUCAAGCCCACUGUGCUGCCAACUUUAAUACCAACUACUACGCCUGGGCCCUGGAAAGUGAUAGACAGGAGAAAAUUGUACAUGGCUGACGUGGAAUCUGCAGUGCUUUACACUCUAAGGAGAGAGGCAACACGAUACGAUAUCAUCGAGAAAGAGCAACUCUCCGCACUGAAGCAGUAUGUGGCUCUAUUGGUCAAGUACUUUCCUGGACGCCUGCCGAUCAUGAACUACCUUCGCAACCUGGACUGGUGGCUGAAGCCAAAGACAAACGUUUCCAAGAGCGAGUGGGAGGAAGCUCUGAGGAAUAAAAACGAGCUUCCAAAUGCCUGGCUGCCAGAGAAUCCAACCUGGGUAGGAUGUCAAGGUAGCCAGAGAGGUUACCCGUGUGGCCUCUGGACUCUCUUCCAUCUCCUGACGGUGCAGGAAGCACUGUUUAGCCCUCAACCUCACACACCACCGGAGGUCCUCCCUACAAUGAGAGGGUACGUCCACUACUUCUUUGGCUGCCGGCAGUGCGCAGACCACUUCGAAGCCAUGGCGGCAGAAUCCAUGAACAAAGUGAGGAACAAAGAUGGCAGUAUCCUCUGGCUUUGGUCAAGGCACAACAGAGUCAAUGCCCGCUUGGCAGGCACUGCAAGUGAGGACCCCAAAUUCCCCAAGAUCCAGUGGCCUCCCAAAGAUUUGUGUUGGUCGUGCCAGAUAACCGUCAACGGAAGGCUCAUGUGGGACGAGAGGGCCAUCCUGAGAUUCUUCAAGAGUCAUUUCUCGCGGCACAACAUUUACCUCGAUUUCCUAAAAGCCGAGAAAGGGCUUCGGGUCAGACAGGGCCGAGAUGUUGAGGAGAGAGACUACGAAGCUGGCAGGAAGCUGGAAGGAGGAGGAGGAGGACAGGAGACUGGCAGAGGAGAUGAAGACGCCUUCGAGGAAGAGAAGAAGAGGACAGAGAGGAGGAAAUCUGGUUUCGAACGUUCAGGCUCCCUGGAGGCACACAAACCCUCCAUCGUCAAGAUGAACACCAAGACCAAAGAGCUGGAGGAAAACAUUGUCGAUCUGGAUACGUUCAGCGAGCAUCACUUCAGGAGCAAGGCGCUGAAGAUGGCGGGCCAGGCCGGCGGCAGGCACAGCCGCAGUAAGAGGGACAUUGGGCUGGUGCUGAUGGAAGACCGGGGCCACCAGUCCCAUGAUUAUGAUGCCGCCUGGGGGCUCCUGCAGCAGAAGGGCUUGGGAGCCCAGCAGAUCGUGGGCAUCAUGGAGGAGUCUGGGAAGGAGGGCGGGGUCACCUGGAGGAGGAGCCAGUGGUUCCACAUCUUGGGGGCGGGCUUCUCCAGGUUGGACGUCAGCUUGUGCAUUGUCUUGUACUUCCUCUCCUCCAUGUGCCUGUUGGGCAUGUACACUUUCUUCCGCAUGCGCAUGAGGUACCGCAAGGGCCGCCCAGGCUUCACCCAAGCCUGAGAGAGACAAGCAGAGCGGCAGCAGGUAGCGGGUUGGAGAAGGGGGG